AUCCAUGAGCUGAAGGCUAGGAAGCACAGAGGUCCAGGCUCUGCCAUGCCCUCUCCGCUUCUCCCGUUGCUGCUUCGAUCGCUGCUCUCCCGCUUCCUGCUGCCUGUUGCCCGCCUGGCCCGCCAGCACCUCCUGCCCCUGCUGCGCCGACUGGCCCGCCGACUGAGCUCCCAAGACAUGAGAGAGGCUUUGCUGGGCUGUCUGCUGUUUGUCCUCAGCCAGCAACAGCCACCGGAUGCUGGAGAGACCUCCAGAGUGGACCACUCCCAAAGGAAGCAGAGAUUGGGCCCCCAGAAGUGA